AUGCGGGGGGAUGUGAGGGAUGUUUAUACUGCUUGCCAUGAGCCAUGUCCCCCCCAUCCACAGUUUGAACCUUUUGUGCUGCAAGGAACCGGGUCGUGGCGCGUUACGUGUCGAUCUGGUGAGUGGACAGCUUUAAAUGGACCGACAGGCCGACCUGGAGCAUUGACGAGUAAAUUGUACCAUGCAGGUAACGACUCACUUGGAAGGCAAAUCCGAUUACUACUCCUCGGUGGUACAUACCCGUCGUGGGUGUAUGUAGGUGCUCUAUCUACGUACUUCGAGGCCUGGCUAGCGCACCUAGCACAAUACUCUACUCCACUUAGCAAGGCCGGGAGAAGAAUCAGGGUGGCUAAGGCUGAUCAAGCAUAA